AUGCAUGUACUUGUGUGUCAGCCGCCAUUUUCACAGUUCAGUCUCGCGACUCUAACAACAUCUCCAUUUCGCGCCCCUCUGGAAGAAUUCUUCAAAAGAAACGAACACUGGUUGGUGGUGACCAAGAGGAGUUGCUGGAUUGUGUGGGUCUCAGCCAUCAGUCGUUGUUAUCUUUAAACAACUCUAAGCAGUAAUAAAAUAAAACCAAAUAGUAAAAAGGUUCAUCUUUGCCUUUGCAUCUGCUUUAAUUAUCUUUUCCCUGCUCAGAUUUUGUUUACCACCGAAUCAUGAAGAGCCUUAAAACUUUCAACUUUCGAAUUGUCACGACUGUACUCGCUGAAACCCAAGGUCAGUCCAUAGGGCACUUCUGCACAGUUUCUGUCAUUAAACCCACACCAUCUUCAAUUCCAUCAACUCCUACCAGCCACAAAAGCUUGCCUGUCACCGCCCAGUCCUUGCAAGAAUCUAUAUUAGCUUGUCAGUGGGAUUGCGUCAAACAGUUGUUACCCACACACAAUACGGACCCCCUUUUAGUCUCACAUGUAUUAUACAAUCUACGUUCGAACCCAGAUUUGGUUUUGAAAUUUAUUGAACAAAUCGAUGGUCGCCUUCUGGACAUUGAGUCCCAUUGCCUAGGUAUAGUCAUAGUCUCACGCCUUCCCUCCCGGAAACAUGGCUUACAACAGAUGAAGAAGAUGAUAACUUCUCAUGGUGCGACCAAUACAGAUAUAUUUGACCAUUUAAUGAGCGCCAUCAGGCGUCUUGAUAUCUCGAGCUCGACUGCGUUGGAUUUACUUAUCGAGGCGUUUUGUGAAUUAAACAUGGUAGAAGCUGCUUUUGAGUGCUUCUGCAUGAUAAAGGAGAAGGGGGGGAUAUUACCCAAGAUUGAAACUUGUAAUAAAGUGUUGAGUGUGUUAAUUAGGAUAGGUCUGACGGAGAAGGCUUGGCUUCUUUAUGCAGAGAUGUUUAGGCUGAAAAUUAAUUCGACUGUAUGCACAUUCAAUAUUAUGAUUAACCUUUUAUGCAAGGAAGGGAAGUUAAAGAAAGCCAAGGAAUUCGUUCCGUUUAUGGAGAAGUUAGGAUUUAAGCCAAAUGUUGUUACGUAUAACACAAUCAUAAAUGGCUACUCUUUGAGGAGGAACUCUGAAGGGGCCCGAAGUGUAUUCGAAAUGAUGAAAGCGAAAGGAAUCGACCCAGAUUCCUACACAUUUGGUUCUUUGAUUAAUGGAUUGUGUAAGGAGGGAAGGGUUGAGGAGGCAAUUGAACUUGUUAAGGAAAUGGAGGAAAUGAAGUUGGUUCCAACUGUUGUGACGUAUAAUGCAUUCGUUGACUUGUAUUGCAGUAAGGGAGAUCUGAAUAGAGCUUAUCAUUGGAGGGAUGAGAUGCUUAGGAAAGACAUAAUCCCAAAUGUAUCGACAUAUAAUAUGUUGAUUCAUGCAUUAUUCAUGGAGGGUAAGCUUGUGGAAGUUGAUGAUAUGAUUGAAGAGAUGAAAAGAAGGAAGAUUUUUUCUGAUGCCAUAACUUACAACACAUUAAUCAACGGUUAUUGUAGGUGUGGAGAUGUGAAGAAAGCCUUUAACCUUCACGACGAGAUGAUAAGUAAAGGGAUUCGGCCGACAAAGGUGACGUACACUUCACUUAUCAGUGUCUUGAGCAAACGGAACAAAAUGAAGGAAGCAGAUGAUCUGUUUGUAAGGAUAAGACAGGAGAAGGAGGCUGGUAUCGUGCCUGAUCUGGUGAUGUUCAAUGCAUUGAUCGAUGGACACUGUGCAAACAAGAACUUUGAACAGGCUUUUCGACUUUUGAAGGAGAUGGACAAAUUGAAUGUUGUAGCGGAUGAAGUAACCUACAAUAGUAUAAUGUCGGGUUAUUGUAGAGAGGGUAGAGUUGAAGAAGCUUGUACUCUUCUCGAUGAGAUGAAAAGAAAGGGUAUAAAGCCCGAUCAUAUAAGUUAUAACACAUUAAUCAGUGGGUAUAGUAAAAAAGGGGACAUGAAGGAUGCCUUCAGAAUGAGAGAUGAGAUGAUAAGCUUGGGUUUAGAUCCGACGUUAUUGACUUACAAUGCAUUAAUACAAGGCUUAUGCAAGAUCAAAGAGGGUGAACAUGCAGAAAAGCUCUUAAGAGAAAUGGUUAGGAAAGGAAUCAAACCUAAUAACACCACUUACUUUUGCUUAAUUGAAGGAAUGGGACAAAUUGUUGCAGAAGAGGAGAUAAGCUAAGUAAGUUUGUUGACUUUGAUUUCAUUUCUUUUUCAAUGUUAUUAUUCACUAUUAAAUUUGACAUAACUAUUGAUUUUACUUUUAUAAGAAAGCAACAAAUCAUAAUUUUGA